AUGUCUUCGUCAUCAAGCGAUAACAACGUGUUUGGCCAUGUAGCUCCUGGAUGGGAAAGUGUACGUACAAAAUUCGAACAAAAUUUAAUUGAUGGUGUCGAUACUGGGGCAAGCCUAUGUGUUUAUCAUCUUGGAGAAUGCGUAGUGAACUUGAUUGGUGGUUGGAAAGAUGCUAAAACAAAGAAGGAACCAUAUACACCAGAUACUCUUCAGCUUGUUUUUUCAACUUCGAAAGGUAUUGCAGCAGCUGCUGUGGCGUUAUGUGUGGAACAAGGUUUGCUCGAUUAUGAAGCACCUGUAGCCAAGUAUUGGCCUGAGUUUGGUGUCAAUGGAAAGGAGGUAUAUAAAUAG